AUGAAGGAGCAAGCGUCCCACAGACGAGUCACUCUGAGUCUGAUGAUCCGCGAACAUGAAGGAGCAGUGCGCCCCCUGCCUGCCCCCACAGCGCCCCCUGCCUGCUCCACAGCGCCCCCUGCCUGCUCCACAGCGCCCCCUGCCUGCUCCACAGCGCCCCCUGCCUGCCCUGCUCCACAGCGCCCCCUGCCUGCCCUGCUCCACAGCGCCCCCUGCCUGCCCCCACAGCGCCCCCUGCCUGCCCCUCCACAGCGCCCCCCUGCCUGCUCCACAGCGCCCCCUGCCUGCUCCACAGCGCCCCCUGCCUGCUCCACAGCGCCCCCUGCCUGCUCCACAGCGCCCCCUGCCUGCUCCACAGCGCCCCCUGCCUGCUCCACAGCGCCCCCUGCCUGCUCCACAGCGCCCCCUGCCUGCUCCACAGCGCCCCCUGCCUGCCCCCACAGCGCCCCCUGCCUGCCCCCACAGCGCCCCCUGCCUGCCCCCACAGCGCCCCCUGCCUGCUCCACAGCGCUCCCUGCCUGCUCCACAGCGCCCCCUGCCUGCCCCCACAGCGCCCCUGCCUGCCCCCACAGCGCUCCCUGCCUGCCCCCACAGCGCCCCCUGCCUGCUCCACAGCGCCCCCUGCCUGCUCCACAGCGCCCCCUGCCUGCCCCCACAGCGCCCCCUGCCUGCUCCACAGCGCCCCCUGCCUGCUCCACAGCGCCCCCUGCCUGCCCCCACAGCGCCCCCUGCCUGCCCUGCUCCCACAGCGCCCCCUGCCUGCUCCACAGCGCCCCCUGCCUGCUCCACAGCGCCCCCUGCCUGCUCCACAGCGCCCCCUGCCUGCCCCCACAGCGCCCCCUGCCUGCCCUGCUCCACAGCGCCCCCUGCCUGCCCCCACAGCGCCCCCUGCCUGCCCCCACAGCGCCCCCUGCCUGCCCCCACAGCGCCCCCUGCCUGCCCCCACAGCGCCCCCUGCCUGCCCCCACAGCCACUGCACACUGA